AUGAAGGUCCUGGCCGAACUGCUCGUGCAGCUGGAGACGGACUAUGGGGAUCCAAGGGAUCAAGACAGCAGAGACGUCACCCUUGCUGCACAGGGGGAAGACUGUGGGGAGCAGUCGUUGGGGGAAACGAGGAGGAGUGAGGAGCGGCGCGCUGCCGCUCCUCGACGCAAGGAAGACAGGGCGGGGCAGGUGAGGGCGGCAGGGGAGGCAGAGACCUGGGGAGACCAGAGACAAGGAGACGGGAGUGCAUGCCACGAAGGCGUGGCUGUGAGGGGUGACCCAGGCGGUGGUGCCAAAGAAGAGUCUGGUCUCACUACCCUCACCCGCCCCACGCUGAACCAACCACUCACGGAGAUGCUGGGGCAUCUGAGUCUCGCUCUGACGCUGCUGCUGCUGGCCCCGACCACCACCAGAGCCUCCACGCUGAGGUCCAGACCGACCACCACUGGUCCCGCCACCUCUACUGCCGCCACUCCCUCCGCUGCCUCCACCGCCGCCACCAGAGCCUCCACCUCCGCCACCGGUCCCACCGCUGCCACCACCUCCACCGCCUUUGCUUCCUCUACCGCUGCCCCCACUACCACUCCCACUGCCACCUCCACCACCACUGCUGCCUCCUCCACUACCCCGGCCACCCUUGCCCUUGCUGUUGCGGCGCUUCGUACUAGUCGAAGCAACACCGACGUCCUCAGGAACAGAGACGUCUCCAGUAGCAGCAGAGGCGAAGGAGGAGGAAAGGGGGGAGGGGGAGCACCCCUCAAAGAAGGGUGA